AAAGAAAAGAGAUCUUAAUAAUCAACCUGGUCAAUACGGCUUUGAUUGCAAGAAGAUAUUCUUCAUAUUUGCAACAACCAACAAACUCUAAUCAAUUCAUUCGCCAAUGGGUACGACUAAAAGUCGUAAAUCUAGGCGGAAUAAUUCAAGACCAACUGCCUUUAGUUUCUUAUCAAAUAUCGUUCUGGGUAGCGAAAAUGAGAAGCCACCUGACGACCCAUCUAUACGAAAGCCGUCCAAUUAUCUACUCUCUACGAAAACCCCAAUUAGCGUUAAUCCAGCAACAUUCCAAAGUACGAAUGUCGAUCAUUUACAGGAUGUCGAAAAUAUUGAAAACAGUCUUAGAGCUACUUCCUUACAUUCAUCAGACAGUAGCUUUUCAGGCGAUGACGACAAUUUUCAAGCCUCCUUAUCUGCUGAUCCCUCCGGAAGAUCUUAUUCAAGUACCUCUGCACCCAUUAUAGCAGCUAACAAUACUAUAGAUUACAAUCAAAAAGGAGGGAAAAAUCAAUCAUAUCACUCAAAAAGGCAUUCUUCUGACAGUAGCAGUGAGGAUGUGGAACACCAUAAAUUGACUCGUGAAGAUAGUGAGAAACCUAUUGCGUCUGAAAAAAUCAAGAAGAGGUCGACUCAUGCUGAUCGAGAUCAUGGACAUGGCAGUAGUAGUAACAUGUCAAUCAUGGCAGUCCUGCGGUAUUAUACUGACAAACUGCGGCAAUCGACUUAUAAAAAGCAGCCGUCGGAUACACCAGCUAACCGUAGUUAUAUUCAACAGCAACUUCAAAGCCACGAUCAUUCUAAGCAUCGAAAAGCACUCUCCUAUGCUCAUUUCCUAAAUCCCACUGGGUCUUUACUUGAUGAUCAGACCAUUGAAGAAAAUCUUGGCUCGGAAGCCUACGAUCCAUAUUUUCUCGACAACGACAAGUAUAACAACUCUGGUGUUGAGUCAGGUUCAAUGGGCACUAUGGCAAAUACUACGAAGCCUUCAGAAAUUAAACGAGAAGUAAACGAACAAUUUCGCCUAGACCACCCUGAGCUGUCACCGGAGAUAACACUAAGUAAAAUCAGAAGUAUCAAACUUCACUUACUCGAAAUUGCUAAGAAAGUGGAUCUAGAGAUAUCAAGUGUUGCUCAUGCAUACGUCUUUUUUGAAAAACUCGUCAUUAAGAAUAUGGUGACGAAAAAGAAUCGAAAGUUAAUAGCAGCAUGUUGUUUGUUCUUGGCUACAAAGGUCAAUGAAGCCAAAGGUACUUGGUUCGGUCCAUUGUUGGAUGCCAUUGAUGAUGAAUUCAACGUGGAUGCUGAAGAGAUUCAUGAGCAUGAAUUUGCGGUUUUUGCGGAUUUAGAGUUUAAUCUUUACGUACCCUGUCGAGAAUUCAUGCCGCAUUUUGAACGAAUAUUCAAUCAUUUGGAAUACAAGAGUAUCCAAGACUAUCUUGGUAACUCUUCGUUUUACGAAGUAAAUCAGCACUUGUAAACGACAUUUAUUUAUCUUUCGCGUGAUGAGUUUUCUAACAGAAAGAAGGGUUCAUUUAAUUUUGGAAAUAUGAUGUUUAUAUAAUUGAUAUUAUUUACACAAGAAAG